CUACAAUUUUGUAAACAAUAUGCGAGUACUUGUGAAAAUAAAGUAAUUUAUCAGUUUUCUAUGCAAUAUAGUUGUUAUCACGAUAAAUGAAUCACGGAAAUGUUACAACAAUGUGUUACUUUAAGCUAAUACGCCAAGCGUAUCGGCAAUAAAUCGAUCGAUAACCCAAAAAUAUGAAAAAAAUGUCCAUUUUAGUAGACGUAUUGUUGGAUUGGAAGAUUAUCGUAUUGGGUUUCGGGAUUUUAAUAUCAAUUUCUGUGUUAAACACGUUCGUUAAUGUGUUACCUGUAAGCGGAAUUACAUUUCUAUUUGUUUCUAUUUUAAUUUGGUUCGGAUCGCUUUCGAUAACGUUCUUCUAUCUACACAAAUUGCUGCAAAGAAACGAUCCCAUUCAAUUCACGAAACCCGGUAAAACGUUGAAAAGAACUAGAGGAGACGUUACCCCCGAUCCUAAAAAGGUAACACUUUUAGUUGAAGAUAUAGAUAAGUACUUCAUUAGCAAAUGGUACAUCUACGUAAGUGCUGACAAAGAAUUUCCUGAGAAAUCUAAAUUAUUUUUGGAAGACGUUAUAAAACGGUUCGCUGAAGUACAAGCUUGCGUAAGCAGUAAGGUGCUUACACAGGGUGUUUUGAAUAUUUUUCUCAGACAUUUGAAAGAGUAUCGCAGGAGUAUUAAGAGGAGAGAAAAGUAUGAUGGAAAUGUUGAAGAUUUGUACAGAUAUUCCCACAUAAUCGGUUCGAAUCCAAAAAUCCAAGACCGUUUCGUUCAGCAGCUGACAGCGAACGUUUUAAGACAUUUCAUAAAUUCCGAACUAUGGAAUUCGCUGCCUUGUCAAGUACUCGUAUCGAUCAUAUCCAGAAAACUGAUACUAUUCCUUUUAAACCUCAUCUCCAACCCCGAAAUAAUAAACUACCAAUUACUGAACACGUUAGCUUCUAAAAUAGUCAAAGAAAAAUACAAUCUGGGAAAUUACAGUAGAAUAUCUUUAACCACUUUUUACGACGUGGCUGAUUCCAAAAAGAAAUCCGAACAAAAUUCAAUAGAGCAAAAAAGUACUGAGGAGUGUAAAAUUUCGACACAUUCCGGUAAUAAAAUAGUUGUAGAAGAAACGUUGAGGAUAGAAGAAAAAGUUUCUGAUAUUGGGGAUGUUAAAAAGCGUAAAAAUGGAGUACUUGCUCAACACAAGUCGAACAAGAAGUCAGAAAUUCAUAGGAAAGUCGAUAGCGCUGAAGAAGUGAAAGAAACGCAACCUAAAGAUAAAUCUGCGCCGGUCAAAAUACACGAAGCCAAACUCACCAGGAGUACAAAAACCUAUUCGGACACAAGAGAUCUCGCUUUCGGCAUAUCACUCGGGCACGAUCCUUUGGAAGCCCUACCCAUAGCAAUGGAGAACGUUAAAAGUAAAAUUGAGCAUGUGGAAGAUUCAGCUAAUUUGUUACUCAACGAAGUCAAAAUGUCUACCCAUAAUACCAUGGAGGGACUAAAAAGUUCCAUGAAACCUAUAAGUGACGCCACUGUACAUACGCUCCACAAUAUCAAGGAUUUACAGGAAUCGACUAUGAAUAAUGCUUUGAAUAAAAUCGGAGAAUAUCAGGACGAAGCGGCAGGAAUGGUGGAAGGAAUCCUGGAUUUCGGCCGAGCGGGUCUCAGGAAAGGUUUGAGGUUGACGGGAUUGCAAGAAAACAUCGGACAAGCCAAAUCUAGUUUGAACGUCGCGCAGGCCAAAAGAAAGGGCGGCAGGACGCCCAGAUCCGAGUCCGUAGAAAAGUCUAUCCAAGAGGAGGAAUCGGUUUGGUUGAAUCCGUUGCAAUUGGAGUCGCCGAAUUUCGAUGGGCAGAUUUUGUUGGAAAAAUCUGAGGAAAAAGGUAAAAAAGAACUAGAAAUUCCUUCGAUAUCGAUGGAACAACCUUCUUCUGGAACUAACAGUCCGGAUCCCGAGUAUGAAGAUACAGCUGAUCUAGCUUCAAGUAUAGCUAAGCUAAGGUCGCUUUUGCAACAAAGAUCUUCGGAAUCUAGCUUGUCGACACCUGCUUUAAGUCCUAUAUACGUUCAGGCCAAACAUUAUGGGAGUUUAAGGUUUCUAAUGGAUAUUUUUUCGCAAGCUAGGCCUCCCGACGAGACAGGUCAAAAACCUCUCGAAUCUGAGCUAGGUUCGGAUCCCGACGAGGUGGACGGCAUGAUACCGAGUUUCUACAAGUUUUGUGCCAAAACGGCUACCGGCGUCUUGGAUAAAACCAUCCAUUCGAUCAAGACCGCUCUGCCGAGCAAUGUACAGGGUGUGGAACAUUCUGACAACGCUUGGAUUUUCAUGCAAACCGAACAAAACGAAACCGACAUUUUGACGAGAAUGAAGAGGUUGUUAAGUGAAAGGCAGGAAUAUUGCGCUUUGGAUACGGAAAUUGACCAUGCGUAUGAGGCAAUAGAUUCUUUAGAUACGUUUCAACAAUCUUUAUUUAAAUCUAGUGUAGAAUUCGAAGAUGAAUUAGACGAAUUCGAAGCGAAAAUGCCCAUAACCAAAGCGUUGGUAGACAUAAUUUGCGAACUUUUAUCCGAUACGGAUUCCCCUUUGAUAAGGGAACCGGUGGUCAAAGCGAUUUUGCUAAUAUUGGGUAAUUCUAUAGAAAAAUACGUACUAGAAAAUGUAGAUAGCGCCAUGGAAGAUUUGUGCACGAACUUGUUGACCAUACCCAAAGAGACGAAUACGAACGUGUUGUAUUUGGAAACGGACGAAUUCGUGGAAAAUUUGGUGCUCAGUUUACCAGAUUCUGUCAAGCUGGUUUUAGGUAAAAACGUUUUAGUCAAGGUGCUUGCUCUGUUAGUGUCGUCGUUGCAAAUAGGAAAAAUCAAUUUGGACGUAGUUUUGCAAAUUUUCGAGUUGGCCGCGUUGAAAUUGAUCGAGGAGAGUAGUCGAUCUUCGCCGCCCGCGUCUGCGUGAACAAAUUCAUAUACAGGGUUAUAAAAAUGAUCAAUUUUGUGCAAUUAUUGAUGAGUUAAAGAACAUUUUCUUUUGUAGCUCAAAUAGUUUUUUAUAUGAGGUUUUUUUUUGAGGUUGUAUCCGGAAUUUUCGAGAAUUUGCUUAUUAAACACUAAUUUAGAUCUUAAAUCUUCACCGUCACUUUAGAGAUAGUUGCCAAGCGAUGAUAGGAUUUUUUUAAAACUGGGUGAAAAUUAAACUAAUUGAAUUUUUAGUUUAGAUUUUGUUGCAUUUGAAUGUCCGUUGUGAUUUCUGCGAAUAUUCAUUUUAGAAGCCCUCCAGAAUUUUGCUGGUCUUCUCAAGUAUUUAAUUGUUUUAGAUGCAUUUGGGACGUUCAUUACCCUUUAAUUCUGCUUUAAAGAGUUUCUGGGAAUUUGAGAAGCUCCAGUAGCAUUAAUACUUCUUUUAAAAUCGUUUUAGACAUUCUUGAAUCUUUUAAUACCCUUAAGAGUCUCUUAAGCUCCUCCAUAGUACUUCCACAUACUGCUGAGACUGACCAGAUAUAUAGUUCAAAAUCGUUUUAGACACUGCAUAGUCCCUCAUUUCCUCCAUAGUUUAUCCCAAUUCUUUUAGAAUAUUUUUUGACAUUCAACAAUCUUCCAACUUCCUCUAGAGUAUUUCUAAAUACUCUAGUUUCUUCAGUUCCCUCAUAGACAACAAGACACUCUUUAGCAAUUCUAGAUUAUGUCUAGACACUCGUCAGUUGUUUCUAAAUAUUUUUAGACACUACAUUGUCUUUUCAGUUCAUUAAUAAUUUUUUCAGACACUUAUCGAGUUCACUCGGAUACUUCAGAGUAUCUCUGAUAUCCUCUAGGAACUUGUUAGACGUUUCUUAGUAUUUUCAGACAUCCUAAAGUGUUUUCAGUUCUUUUAGAUUAUUUCUAAUUGUUCCAGAGUAUUUUAAGACACUUCAGAUUCAUUCUUAAUUUUUUCAUAUUAUUUUCAGACACUGUAGAGUUUCUUUACGGUUUUUUUAGACACAAUUCAGUUUCUUAGUAUUUUCAGACAUCCUAAAAUGUUUUCAGUUCUUCUAGAUUAUUUCCAGAUGUUGCAGAGUAUUUUAGGACACUUCAGAUUCAUUCUUAAUUUUUUCAUUUUAUUUUCAGACAGUGUAGAGUUUUUUUACGGUUUUUUAGACACAAUUCAAGAGUUAAUCAUAGUUUUUCAGACAUUCCACAGCGCCUUUACAGUCAACUAAGACGCUCAUGAGUUCAUCUGAUUUAAAUCCAAAAAGUUAAAUAUAUUUUCUCACAGUUUGAAUGUUUUUAGAUACUUUGUAGUCUUUUCAGACAUUUUGCAGUUUUUUCAAACAGUGAAGUAUCUCAUUAAUUUCUCCAGCGUAUUUCUAGUAUCCCCUAAAAUAUGUUUAAAUGUUUCUUAAUCUUGUCAGGCAGCUAAAAGUUUCUUCAGUACUUUUAAAUUAUUUUUAGACACUAUCAGAGUUUUUAAAACACUUCAGAAUCGUUUUCCAUUGUCAUUAUUUUCAGACAAUCUUCAGUUUCUUUAGUUUUUUUUUCAGGCAGAAUUCACACGUCAGUUCAGUUUACGUUUUUUUUUAGACAUUCCAGAGUAUCUUCACACGUUCACAAGCACCUCUGAAUAGUAUCCAAAAACUUCAAUAUCUUUUCAGAUACUUUUUUGUCUGAUAUAUUAUCAGAGUUUUUCAGACAUUACAUCGUUUUUCUAGCUUAUUUUUAGACACUACUGAGUUUUUUCAGACAUUCCAGAGUGUCCGUUGUCUUUAUAGACAUUUCAGUGUUUGUUCAGACAUUUAGAGGUCCAAUAACUUCUUCUGGAAUGUUUCCAAAUGUUUUAAUAUACCUCAAAACGGUUUCAGACAUAACACGAUGUGUUACCAACUCUUCUAGAGUGAUCCAGACAUUCUAAUGUCUCGUAAACUUUAUUAGAAUCUUUUUUCGAUUAUUUUGGAAGUUUCUUAAUACUCACAAACAUCCUAAAGUUUCUUCAGUUCUUCUAGAUUAUUUUUGCUAUAAUCUCUUUACGGUUUUUUAAGACAAAAUUCUAGUGGCCUUGCAGUUCAUCAUAGUUUAUUCCAAAGUCUUCAGAGUCUUCUAACAUGCUCAGAAAUUCAUCUGGAUUAAAUCCAAAAAUUUUCACGUAGUUUGAACGUUUUCAGACAUUUUGCAGUCUUUUCAGACAUUUUGCAGUAUUGUCAGACAGUAUGGUGUCUCAUUAGUUCCUCUAGCGUAUUUUCAGGCGCAAGUUGAGUUUGCUCAGAUAUUCCAGAGUAUUUCCAAUAUCCCUAGAAUGUUUUUAGACGUUUAAUAAUCUUAAUAGACAUCCAAAAGUCUCUUCUCUUCUUUUAGAUUAUUCCCAGAUGUUCCACGAGUAUUUUAAGGCACUUUAGAAUCGUUUUUAAUUAUGUCGUAUUAUUUUUAGACAUUAUAGAGUCUUGAGCUUCUUUUUGUCUGAUAUACUAUCAGAGUUUUUCAGACACUAUAUGGUCUUUCUAGAUUAUUUUCAGCCCAUCUUCUUAGACGUUUCUUAGUAUAUCUAGACAUCCCAAGUUCUCUUCAGUUCUUCUAGAUUAUUUUUGCUGUAGUCUCUACGGUUUUAUUAAGACAACAUUCUAGAGACCUUGCAGUUCAUUCCAAAAUCUUUGUGGCUCCUUCAGACGCUCAGGAAUUUAUCUCGAUUGAAUCCAAAAACUUGAAUGUCUUUUCACUUAGUUUUAACGUUUUUAGACACUUCAGUAUCUUUUCAUAUGCUUCGGAAUAUUUUUGUCUGAUAUACUAUCCGAGUUUUUCAGACACUACAUGGUCUUUCUAGAUUAUUUCCAGACAAUCUUCUUAGACGUUUCUUUUACAGAAAUUUCAAAGUCUUUUCAGUUCUUCUAGAUUAUUUUCUCUGUAGUCUAUUUACGGUUUUUUAAGACAAAAGUCUAGAGGCUUUGCAGUUCAUCAUAGUUUGUUCCAAAGUCUUUGAAGCGCCUUCAGGCCCUUAUGAGUUCAUCUGGUUUGAAUCCAAAAACUUGAAUGUCUUUUCACAUAGUUGGAACGUUUUUAGACAUUCUGCAGUCUUUUCAGUCAGCAGAAAGUUGCUUUAGUUCCUUUAGAAUAUUUUCAGACAAAUCAGAGUAUAUCCAGAAUUUUUUAGACGAUUUUUAAAAUUGACAGAUAUUCAAAAGUCUCUUCAGUUCUUCUAAAAUAUUUUCAGAUGCUCUUAUAGUAUUUUAACACACUUCUGUCGUAAUAUUUUUAGACACUAUAUUGUCCAGUUUCUUUAGGUUUUUUUCAGAUACAGUUCACCACAUUUUUCAGACACAUCCCAAAGUCUCUUCAUGCGUUCUCAUUUUAUAUACUUUAAAAUAUUUUUGUCUGAUAUACUAUCAGAGUUUUUUAGACACUACAUUUGUCUUUCUAAAAUAUUCCCAGACAUAACUCCCGAGUGUUCGAAGUCUUAAUAAACAUUCCACUGUCUUUUGAGACAUGUAGAAGUCCAUUGAGCACUUCUGAAGCGUUUCCAAAUAUUUUCAGAUACUUCAAACAUUACUCAGACAUUCUAAUGUUUCCUAAACCUCAUCAGAAUCUUUUUUCCUGGUUUUGUUGAUCUUGAAGCAAAAUUUCAAUACGAGAAGUCGAAAUCACGUUCACUUGUAACGACGUCGUUUGGUAGAUCAAGCGACACCUAGCGUCCCAAAUUAGUACCGCGAAUUCUCGGAAAUUCGGAGUAAUAUAGGCAACUUGUUGUGUUCGCUAAGAUCUCUAGUCAUAACGAGGUAGAAUAGCAGAUACAUAUAAAGGUUUAUUUUAUUUAUACUUAUACACAUUUAGAUUCAUAUACACCGAGUGUUUUUACAGUAAAACUAAUCAUUUAACUGCUAUCAAAUUUGACGGGUCUCUCUGCUGUUCUACCUCUACGCUAAAGAGUAUUAUUUUGAUCAAAAAAUAGACAUUCCUAACGAUGUAUAUAUUUAGUAGAAGUUUUUAUUAUGUACUGUACGUCUCUCAAAACUAGUGCCAGUAUUUUUCUAUCCAAGUGGAAGCUCCUGGGAAACUUGAUUAAAAAGCGUUCCGCGAUAUUUUGAGGUUAGAAAAGCGAUUUUUGACGGUUGAAUGACACUUUAUCCCGGCUGUCACCUUAUUUUUAUUUAUCAGUUGUAAAAUAAUGACUGUUGUCUAUAUUUUUACCAAUAUUUUUAUUUGAUUGGUAUUUUUUUGUCAGUAUCGCUCUUUUUAAGAAGUUUCUCGGGUUAGAUUUAUUAACCAAAGUUAAAAAUAUUAUUUAGGGAACAAACUGUUUUUUUGUCUUGUUAUUGUUUAUCCUCUCUUUACGGUUUAAUAAACGAACAAAAAAAGUUAAUUUUCUACUCAGCAUGAUGUGAUAUUAACUCUGACUUUUUAAUUUAAACUGCCUAAAAAAUGCGUGU